ACCACACACUCCACAGUCCUAUCACCCACCAUGUCCGCCCUCCUCCCCGCCUCCACCUCCGCCUCCUUAUCCCCUUCCCCUCUCCCCUCUUCCUCUUAUCCCACGUCUCCCUCCACAACUGCUCCACCUCUGUCCGCCACCACUCGCCCCUAUGACUUCCAGCCCCUCCUCUCUUUCCUCUCCUCCGCACCCAAUUCUCUCACCAAAACCGCCUCCCCUGUCACCACCACCAAUGGCUUUCCCUCCGAGAACAGUAGCGCGUCCAUCUCUGCCGCCACUUUGAUGUGUGAAGCGGAGCUGCGCCUUGUCUCGGAGUACCGGGCUGUGCCAGCAGGCGCGUGGCACUCGCUCCUCAGGUCACUAUGCGCAGAGGGCAAUCUGUCAGCGGCCACGGAGCUGGUGUCGUGGGUUGCGCGCCACAACCUGUGCUUCUCGCAGGCCCUCCUCCACUCCGUCGUCAUCCACGCCCUUGGUCGUGCAGGGCAGCUCCGCCGCGCUCUCCGUCUUGCCUCUGACUCCCCCCUCCCCCUGUCUCCUCUCACUCUGAACUCCCUGCUCGCUGCCUGUGCGCAAUUGAAUUUGCCUGCCCCUGCCCUUCGCCUUCUCUCUGUAAUUCGUCGCCACGGUUUGCUCCCUGACCCGGCUUCUUACUCUGUGCUCGUGCAGGCCAUGAGGCGGUCGAAAGCGGCGCCAAGACAUUUGUUAAACCUCUUUCACAAGCACCUAAAACUUGAUCUCCUGGAGCCUGAUUCUCAGCUAUUGAAUGACCUCGCUCUUGCUUUCGCUCUUGCUGAUCUCCCCUCUCAUGCUCUUGAUUUCGUCUCCUUAAUCCAAAGCCAGGGGCUGAGCCCUAAAGUCUCGACGCUUAUUGCUUUAAUCUCUGCCUUGGCUGAUUCGGGCCAAACAAUCGAGGCCGAGGCCGUUUUUUAUGAAGCAUUCGAUUCAGGAUUGCGAACGCACACGAGGGCAUACAAUGCGCUGUUAAAGGCCUACUUGAGAGCGGGGUGGGUAUCAGAAGCGGAGGCAUUGGUGUCCAAAAUGGAGGAAGAGGUCUCCGACGCUCCCCCUGACACCCAGACCUAUGCGCUGCUAGCAGAGGUGUAUGCGCGGGCUGGGCGGCACGAAGGCGCCUGCAUUGUUUUGCGUGAGAUGGAGCACAGAGGCCUCCCUCCGAACCCUCGUGCUUUCUCCCGUCUCCUCGCUGCCUACCGAGACAUGGGCGAAUGGCAGAGAGUAUUUUCAGUACUCCGAGAAGCUCAGCGCUCAGGUGUCAUUCCCGACCGCAGACUGUACAAUGUGGCGAUCGACGCUCUGGGUCGGUGCGGGGACCCCGAGCAGGCUGCCCGUGCAUUUAAAAAAAUGCAGGCUGAUGGGGUCGAGCCUGACGGUGUCACAUGGAACACGAUAAUCGACUGUUAUCGACGAGCAGGAAUGCAUGAACGUGCACUUGAUAUGUUCAAGGAAAUGGAGAGUAAUGGUGUGAAGCCUUGCGUGACAACGUUUAACAUUGCGUUGAAUACGUUGGGGGAGAUGGGGAGGUGGGGGGAGGUGGAGGAAGUGGUGGAGAGGAUGAGGGCGGAUAGGGUGGAAAUGAACGUGAUUACGUACACGACACUGGUUGAUGUGUAUGGGAAGGCAGGAAGGUUCAAGGAGGCCAUACAGUGGGUGGAGGGAAUGCGGGCUGCUGGAAUGCAGCCAUCGCCCAGCAUGUACCAUGCGCUUCUCAAUUCCUAUGCUCAGAAGGGCUUGUCCGAUCAAGCAGUGAAUGUUUUUAAAGUCAUGAGAGCUGAUGGUUUAAAGUCUAGUGUUUUAGUACUAAACCUACUAAUAAAUGCCUUUGGUGAGGAUAGAAGGGAUGCUGAUGCUUUCGCAGUGCUCGAGUUUAUGAAGGAAAAUGAUUUGAAACCUGAUGUUGUGACUUACACAACACUAAUGAAAGCUCUGAUCCGUGCAGAGAAGUUUGAUAAGGUCCCCGAUGUCUAUGAAGAAAUGAUUUUAUCUGGAUGCACACCAGACAGAAAAGCUAGAGGGAUGUUGAGAUCUGCACUUCGGUAUAUGAAACAGACUUUGGAUUAACAAUGGUGGACCUUAACUGUAUUGGAUCUCAGGAAUCUCACAAGCUUUGCAAAGGACUUCUAUUGGAUUUAUUAUUUAAGAAAGCCUAGCUCUCCAGCUGUCCAGCAUGCAGUUCAAGAAAUUCCUUUGAAGAAAAAAAUCAUGAUUGGUUACACUGACUAUAAAUAAGCUCACGACUGUCUCGAGUGUGGACACAUUCUUCGAAAGGAUCAAUCUUUGAAGCAUGUUGCCCAGCUAGAUUUGCAAGGAAAUCACCUGCUACAAGCAACCAGACAUUGAUACAACUAUUGGAUAUUUUAUUGAUGCUCUGUUGGUUGUAAAACUCUGUUAUCAGGUAGAUUUUGUAAUUGCUGACUCAUUCUGAGAGUAGGUUUUGCAAGCUUUAGAUUUUCUUGGUGUAGACUUAGUAGCCUUUUGUGGAUUUCUCAGUUUAGGAAGGAUACAAGUAUAAAAAACUAUCAAAUUGAAUAAAUAUUAUCGAAUUGUAACUUUCUGAAAUGGCUAGUUUUUUACCUUUGCUUGAAAGAAAUAUUGUGUAGACUAAGGUAAGGUGUAAACAACAUAUACCCCUUCAAGUGUAUAGACCCCAGAGAUAUGAAACAUUGAAGGAAAACAUAUAGUUCGGAGUUAGGCUGCAUGGGAGGAUAUGUGGAGAACAUAUAGUGCAUGGAUGGCCCUUGAUUUCCUAUGCUUGGAAACUAUAGUGGAGACAUGACACUGCAUCCAGACUACUAUGGGGAAAGCAUAUGAUGACAAGGAUUAGGAUAUGCUACUUGCAGCUAUAUCCUGAAUGCGAUUGCAAUUUUAAGUUCUUCACAACGAACUAUUAAGGUGAGAUGCUUCUCAAGUCAAAUAUGUCAUUAUCUGCUCAAACAGAGGCACUAUUCAUCUCAACAUCCUUGGUGGAGGAUGGAUGGGUUAGACUACAUGUGCACUGUUUGGAUACUGCAUAUAAUAUGGUUUAUUUUACCAAUUUUUAUAUAUUCUCAUGAUGAAAAUUGCUGAUGAGAGGAUUCAAAAUCCUUGAUUAAACACAAAACCCUUACCGAUUGCUUGAUUGGUUACAGGGAUAUGAUGCCCAGAUAUAGAUAUGAAUGAGUUACAGAUAUUGACAUAAGGUAUAUGUCUUGAAUCGCAUCUAGAUACAAACACAGCUGUAAAUAUGCAUUCAUCCUCACUACGUUUUCAUAUUGAUACCAAAGGGUGGUGACAACUAGCAUUCAACACAAAUAUAAUUGGAGAGAAGUUAACUUCCAUAGAAUUUUAUUUUGUUAACAUAUCUAUCUUCCAUGGAAUAUUAUUUUGUUAACAUAACUAAUCUUUUUAACCACUUGGGAAGAUUUGCCGCAUGGUACAACCCAAUGGAAACCUGAUUGGUGUUUGUCCUACAGUCCCCUAAGAAGAACUCUAGUGAUCUUGAAUAGGAGUGAGGAAUGGGAGAUCCUAUAAAAUGACAAGCAUUUAGUAAACAAAUCAGUGUCUUGUCCAAAUCAGGAAUAACAAUUCCAUUUUUGGAACCAUCUAUAUGUACUUCUAAACAGUAAGCAGCUACUCAACGACCUAGAUGUGUGUUCAUACCCUGUGAUUUUUUAAUAAGCAGAGAAGAAUCGAUUGCCUUAUUUGUUUUGCUUUUUCAAGCAGCAAAGGCAGUGGGUUGCCAACAAGCAAGAUACUCUGGUUGGCAAUGAAAGUUGAUAAAAAAGAAAACCAUCUUACAAGCUCGAGCUCUUACAUAUUAAAGAGAACAUUCCGGUUCUAGAUAUUCAGGUUCUUAUCCAAUCGUCAAUAAUCCAGGAAUCCAGAUUAUAUCUCAAAAUGAAAAUGGGAAUAAUUACAACAUUAUAAAGUCCUAUCAAGUAUGUUAUUGGCACAACUUGUGGAGCAUGCAAAUCCAAUAGAAUAUUUCAUCAUCAUCGUCAUCUAAGCUUUAUCCCAACUAUUUGGGGUCGGCUACACGAAUCUUAUUCUGCCAAUUGGAUAAGGAUUUAUAAUAGAGAUGUGGCAAAAGUUCUACUCUGGAUGCCAACGUAACACAACCCACCUUCUUUCUCAUCCGGGGUUGGGACUGGCAAUGGCGAAGUUGUAUGAUCCUAGAGAAUCCUUCACUAAGUAUUAUUUGUGCUUGGUGACACCUCUGCUGCUGGUCCUGCAGUCCGCCAAGACCUACUCUUUUAAUAAAGAAGCAAGAAUAACUCCACUUCUUAGUACCUCACUAAGGAACCCAACUCAAGCCCAUGCAAGAUAAUGAGACGUGCUGUGCAAACUCAAACCAGUUACAGACCCACUGCACAAGAAAGAUUAAAAAAGAAAAACAACUUGAUUAGCUUUGGCUACAUUAUGGUUGCAAUUGGAAUGCCUUUUGAUUGUACGGAUAGGAGCGCAAUCCACUGACCUGUAAAAGAAAUGGACCUCAAUCAAGUACCACAGCUAGGUGCAGGUCUGAUUUUGGGCCUUGGGGCCUGAUUUUCUAGAGGAUCUUUGGGAAACUCAUGUCAUUCUUCCCCUCAUGUUUUCAGUAUGUGAACUUAUUUGGUCCUAUAAUUUUACUGUCCAAAUUAUGAUCUCUGGCUUUCUUUUGUUUUUCUGGUUAUUACUGUUCAUCAACAUUUUUAAUGAACCCUUUUUCUCCAUAUGCUUUUGACAAACCAGAAACUAGACCUACAGGCUUCUAGGUGAUGCACUGAAGGCAGAUUUGCCGAACUACCUAGAAUAUUUAGUAACAGACAGACAUUUGCCAUCUCUCUCUCUCAAUACCGAUUUGGAUAUGUAUUACAUGCCAUGAACUGUUUUGGUUGUAGCUGUUACCAUGUUAUGGUUUAAUGAAAUUGUUUAGUGAAAUUACUGAGAAAUCAGUUUUCAGAUUUAGUAUGCCAAUUUUCAGAUUUAGUAUGUCCUCUUUAUCUUUUCAUAUGAAAUAUUUGACUGCCCAGUGGAAUUGUGUUUAUACCCUGUUACAGAUGAAGGUAGCUCACAAAGGGACCUGUUGAAUUUAACUGAAAAGAACGUACUCGUUUGGUAUGCUGGCAUCAUUCAUGGAGGUCCUAUAAAAUCAUCGUGGCAGAGAAUGGCUUAUUCUUUGUGCUUUAGUCCUAUACACAAAUCCCCACAAUAUCAAGCACCCUGAAAACAGGGGUCACUUGUUAGGGUUUUAUAUCAUCCAAAAUCUUUUUAUAUGCAUGAUGCUAUCAGCAUUUCAGAUUUAAUGUAGCAUUGUAAAGAAAGAACUAUACCUACAUAACUCUUUGUAAUGUUUUUGCCAUAGUGCUUUCAUAUUUUUUCCUUGUAUUAUGAUAUGGUUUCCAAAUUU